UUCCCUCUUUCUCUCUCAAUUGCUGCUCCGCUCUCUCCUUCUUCAGAUUUUGUAUGUGUUUGAGGAACCCAUCAAUACUGAAUCAUUCCGUAGCUUCUUCUCUUCGCCUUCUUCACUGCUCUUCCAUGGCCCAUAAGUUAUCAGCAAUCGACGGAUCACAGGCUGGAAGGGUUCGAGUGCUCAAGGAGGGGGUUAAACUACCCGGAAGAAACGUGGGUCCUGUAAUCUACUGGAUGUUCAGGGACCAACGGAUGAGAGAUAACUGGGCAUUGAUUCAUGCCAUUGAUCAAGCGAACAAGUCCAACGUUCCUGUCGCUGUGGCCUUCAACCUGUUUGAUCAGUUCUUAGGCGCCAAAGCUCGACAACUUGGGUUCAUGUUAAGAGGACUGCGCCAGCUUCAACGCAAUCUCGACGAAACCUUCGGAAUCCCAUUCUUCUUGUUUCAGGGGGAAGCAGUUGAAACUAUUCCUGAUUUUGUGCGAGAAUGUGGAGCUUCUCUUUUGGUCACGGACUUCUCGCCUCUUCGCGAAGUUCGGAAAUGGAAAGAGGAAAUGUGCAAGAGUGUGGGUGAUUCAGUGGCUGUGCACGAAGUGGAUGCUCACAAUGUAGUACCUGUUUGGGUUGCAUCGCAGAAAUUGGAGUAUAGUGCCAAGACUAUAAGGAGCAAGAUUAAUAAACUGCUUCCUGAGUAUCUGGUUGAUUUCCCCGCGCUGCAGUCACCGACUAGAAAAUGGGUGUCUACCAAUCAAGUAGUUAACUGGGAGGACCUCAUUGCCGAUGUUUUGAGGAAGGGGGCUGAGGUGCCAGAACUGGAAUGGUGUGUUUCAGGGGAAGAUGCAGCCUCGGAAUUGCUCCUUGGAAGCAAAAAUGGGUUCUUGACAACCAGGUUGAAGAACUAUGCUACUGAUAGGAAUAACCCUUUGAAGCUGAAGGGGCUCUCUGGUCUCUCACCUUACUUGCAUUUUGGGCAGAUAUCAGCACAAAGGUGUGCUUUGGAGGCACGAACCUUCAGGAAGCUGCAUCCUCAGUCGGUGGAUGCAUUUUUGGAGGAGUUGAUUGUGCGAAGGGAACUUGCCGAUAACUACUGCUUUUAUCAGCCUCGGUACGACUCCCUAGAGGGUGCAUGGCAAUGGGCUCGUAACACUUUGGCAGAGCAUGCCGGUGAUAAGAGAGAGAAUGUUUAUACAAAGGAGCAAUUGGAGAAGGCUAAAACUGCUGACCCUCUGUGGAAUGCUUCUCAAUUGGAGAUGGUACACCAUGGAAAGAUGCAUGGUUUCAUGAGGAUGUAUUGGGCAAAGAAGAUUCUUGAAUGGACUAGUGGACCAGCUGAAGCUCUUUCAGUGGCAAUAUAUCUAAAUGACAAGUAUGAAAUAGAUGGAAGGGAUCCAAAUGGAUAUGUUGGUUGCAUGUGGUCUAUUUGUGGAGUUCAUGAUCAGGGUUGGCGAGAACGACCAAUAUUUGGGAAAAUACGCUACAUGAAUUAUGCAGGCUGCAAGAGGAAGUUUGAUGUCGAUUGCUACAUUGCAUAUGUUAAAAAGUUAGUUGGCGAAACUAAGAAGAGGAAGGCAGAAAGCUUGGCAAGUAUAUCUGCUGCAAAGGAACCUCGGAGUUCAAAGUUGGAACCCUAGAGUGGAUUUAAAACAAAGAUCCCUAAAGGGAUGCUAAAAAUUGACCAAAAUUAAGGAGUCCAGAAGGUCUUUUGGAUAGAGGAUGUGAUCAACUAACCACUUUUAGGUUGUAAGAACUAAGAAGGUAUCCUGGAAUCGAUAACAAG